AUGACGGACCCCAAAAUCGCAAACUUCGACCUAAUCCAAACCCCCUACAAAAAAGUCGGCACCCACGAAAUCCGAACAGACAUCCUCAUCCCAAAAACCGCCCCCACCAGCCCCCGCCCCAUCAUACUGCGCUACCAUGGCGGCGGCCUCGUAAUGGGCGACAGUCUAUUCCUGCCCUUCUUUCCACACUGGCUAUCCGAUCUAGCAACAAAACACAACGCAAUAAUCGUAUCUCCAAACUACCGCCUCUUGCCUGAAGCAACAAGUCCAGAGAUCUACGCCGAUAUUGAAGAUUUCUGGACAUGGUUGCAUUCGUCCGAGUUCAGCGCUCUAUUGAAAUCUCACUCCGUGCCUACGGAGGCUGAUCUUACUCGGAUUAUUACGGCCGGUGAUUCGGCUGGUGGUUUGUUGAGUAUAUAUACCGCUUUAUCGCAUCCGAGAUCGAUUCGUGCCGCGAUGGCCUCGUAUCCGAUGAUUGAGCCUGGUGCGUAUUCAGCGCGGCGGGCCGAUCCGCCGUUCGGUCAUUCGACGCCUGAAUCUGUUUAUGAGGAGUAUAUGGCUAGCGUGCAGGCUGGGGGUGUGAAGUCCUCAUGGAGUGUGCCGGAGAGUAUGACGUUUAUGCUUGCUGCGGCGGAAUAUGGGCAUUUGAGUGGGUUGUAUGAAAGGGGGACGGAGGGGGUUGAUCGAGGGACUCUUUAUCCUUUUGUUAAACUUGAUAGUGUGGGUGUUGAGUUUCCGAAGGGUGGGAUUGCGGUUAUUCAUGGGAGGCAGGAUAGUAUUGUUCCUGUUGGUGAUGUUGAGGGGUUCGUUGAGAAGGCGCAGGGGCUUGGGUUGGAGGGGCCGGGUGUUACGCUUACGGUUAGGGAUGGGGAGCAUGGGUUUGAUGGGGAUUUGAGGUUUGAUGAGGAGGGGUGGAUGACUGAGGCUUUUGGGGGGGGUUGUUGGUGCUUGGUUGGAGUAGUGGGUGGGGGGUGUGCAUAG